AUGGGCGCGCUAUCCGAUGUGUGCGGACUUGUGCGAAAUUACUGGUCGGUCCUUCUUGGCAAUAUCUUGGAAUGGUACGAAUUCGCAAUUUACGGUUACAUGGCAAGCUACAUGGAGCAGAACUUCUUCCGUGGCUCAGCGCUUGCAACAUGGUUAGGAUUUACCGCAACCUUCGUUGCCCGCCCCUUGGGUGGCAUUUUCCUGGGCAUCUUGAGCGAUUUCUUCGGUCGGAAAUUGGCAGUGGUGCUUACCAUCUUUGGCAUGCUGACCGCAACCGUUGGUCAGGGGCUUCUUCCCACACCGCGGAACCAUGGUGAUUCAGCCGCGGGCUCACUGGGACUCAUCCUCCUUUUCUGCCUCCGCUUGGUGCAGGGCCUGUGCACGGGCGGAGAAAUCAGCGCCGUGUCCACCUACAUCGUGGAGGUGGCAGGCCGCGACUCUAUGGGUCGUUGCGUUUCCUUGAUCUCCAUCACCAUCACCCAAGGCUUUCUGCUCGCUAGGGCUGUGGUAUGGUCUUUGGAGCUUGGCCUGGGGGAGGAGCAAAUGUUGGACUGGGGCUGGCGGCUUCCUUUUAUCUUGGCCUUGCUGCCCGGGAUUGUCUCCCUCGCGGGCCGGCGCGGUCUGAAGGAGUCCCAGGCCACGACAAACUCAUAG